AUGGGGCUUACAAUAGAAAUCGUUGCACCGGGUGACGGUAAAACCUAUCCACGAGCAGGAGAUAUUGUAAGCAUACACUAUGUGGGCACUUUGGAAGACGGUACCCAGUUUGACUCUAGCUAUGACCGGGGACGGCCUUUUCAGGUUGAACUCGGAGUGGGCGCAGUGAUCAAGGGUUGGGAGGAAGGAGUUCUGAAGUUGUCGAAAGGCGAAAAGGCUAUUCUUACCAUACCACCGAAUCUGGCAUAUGGCGAUGAAGGAGUUCCUUCCUUAAUUCCUCCGAAUGCGUUAUUGAAGUUCGAAAUGCAGCUACUGGAGAUCCACAGACCAGUGUCAUAG